UUUCCCAUCAGCAUCAUGGCACCAAAAAAAGUGGAACCCAAGAAACCAGAGCCGAAAAAACCUGAGGCCAAAAAAGAAGAAGCUCCUGCUCCUGCACCAGUUCCAGAGACACCCAAAGAGCCCGAAGUGGACCUGAAGAGCGUCCCGCUGGAUUUUAGCCCAGACCAGAUUGAAGAGUUCAGGGAUGCCUUCACUCUCUUUGAUGAAACGCCAACGGGAGAGAUGAAGAUAAGGUAUGCUCAGUGUGGAGAUGUGAUGAGGGCUCUGGGUCACAACCCUACCAAUGCUGAUGUUCUGACAGUACUGGGCAAGCCCAAAGCUGAAGAAAUGAACACCAAAUACCUGGACUUUGAGACGUUCCUACCCAUGCUGCAGCAUAUCUCAAGAGCCAAGGACCAGGGGACGUUUGAGGACUUUGUUGAGGGUCUGAGAGUCUUUGACAAAGAGGGAAACGGAACAGUGAUGGGCGCUGAGCUCCGUCACGUCUUGGCAACGCUUGGGGAGAAAAUGACAGAGGAUGAGGUGGACCGUCUGAUGGCCGGACAAGAAGACGCCAAUGGCUGCAUUAACUACACGUCCUUCAUCAAGCACAUCCUUUCCGGGUGAGCCGACGCUGCAAAGAUUGCAGGAUGAAAUUGGAACUCUAAAUGGCAACUGUCAAAACACUGGAAAGCAAAUACGUCUUGUCUGUAUGUCUUGGAAAGCAUCAAAUAAAAUCCAUCCAAACGUU